AUGUCACGUAAGAAUAUUGUAACUAUAUCACAAUCAGAAUAAAAUUGAAUAAAGAUAAAAAAACAUGAAAACUAAUAUAUUCUACUAUUACACUAAACGUCACUCUGCCUAUUUGAUAUUCGUCAUAUUGAUGACAAUGCGAUAUACACACAAAAUCGCAAGUAAUCAUUAUAUUGACCAAGUUUAGUAUUGAAAGAAUUUAUCUCUAAUGUUUUACGAUGCUUGAUUAGAUAAAAUAAAAAAGAACUAUAUUUUUUAUACUUAAAUGUUGAAAACGGAAACACGAAUGUGCAAUUUUGAUUUUGAUGAUGUAAUUUCUUCCGUUAAUAACAGCCUGGUAGUAAUAACUUACUCUAGCCAACUAUUCUAAUGUUGUUAAUUUAUUAAAAAUUUUUAUUUCCUCCGCAUUUGCUUUUAGUUAUGUUGAAGAAUUUAUUUACCAUGAAAAUUACAUUCUCACUUGUCAAUUUUCAUGAAAUUAAGAUUUUUUUUUUUUUUUUUUCAAUACUGAAUUAAAAAUCAUUUCAGUUGUGGCAGCAACCAUGAGUGGGAACGAAAAUUACAAAGAAGCGAAAUCGAUUUACGAUUUCACUGCUAAAUCCAUAAAAGACGAAGAAGUUCCUCUGUCUAAAUACGAAGGGCAUGUGUGCUUGAUCGUAAAUGUAGCAUCGAAAUGCGGCCUCACAGCCACAAAUUACAAAGAACUGAAUCAAUUGUACGACGAGUACGCCGAAUCUAAAGGUUAAGUUUGACCUGUUUGAAAAAAUUGACGUCAAUGGAGAGAAUGCCCAUCCUUUGUGGAAAUACAUGAAGAAAGAACAAGCAGGAUUUUUUGGUGAUUUCAUAAAAUGGAACUUCACGAAAUUCAUUGUGGAUAAAGAGGGCAAAGUGGUGGAACGCCAUAGUCCUACAGCAUCUCCACAAUCUUUGAGAAGCAACCUUGAAAAGUACUUUUAAACAUUCUACUACUAUUAUUUAAUAGUAAAUAUUUUUAUUAGUAGUGUCACUCCUUGUGAUCAACUGGUAUCGUUAAUGAUGUAG